UUAGAUUUAUUGGAAAUUUUCAUUGAAAAUAUUGAUGACUAUUUUUAUAAUUUUGUUAGUUUAGAAAAGCUAAUUUUACAAAACCACCGUAUAACAACAUUGGAAGGUUUCUCCAGUAAAUUGUUAAAUUUAAUUAGAAUUGAUUUGUCUUUUAAUCAAAUAGCAAAGAUUAAAAUUUUGGAUCAAUUAAAGAGUUUAAGAGCCAGAUUCAUCAUAUAAUAAGAUUGAAAGGAUUAAAAAGAUUGAAAACUUGGAAGAUUUAGUGAAUGUUUCAGUUUUAGAUGUUUCAUGGAAUAAAAUAACAGUGGUUGAAAAUAUUAGAUUCUUGGUUAAUCUGAGGAAUAUUAGUUUAUGUAGUAAUAUGAUUAGUGAUAUUAAAAUAAUGAACAGUGGAAGAUGCUCAGAUAAAUUAGGAAUAAUGGAUUUAUUUGGUAACAAAAUGACGCAGAUGAAAAGGUUGAAAAGUUUGAAAAACUUAAACUAUUUGAGCUUGUCGCAUAAUCGUAUAGAAAAAUUAUUUCAUAUCAAGGAGUUGAACAAUUGUUCAUAUAUCAAUUUAGUAGAUAAUUAUGUUGCAAAGAAUGAAGAUGAUUCAGAAUGUUCUACAAAACAUUCAUAAAGGUCUAAAAUCCAUCCAAUAUUCAAAAAAAUGAUGAAAACAA